GCUAUGCUCGACAUCAUUGUAUUGAUGUGGCAGCAGAUGCGAUCUACACUCUUCGAACGGCUAUGCUUGAGCACAAGGAGGUAUCAGGUCCGUGGCUUUUGGCGAACUACGACGAGUUCUUUGCUUUGUACAAUCCUCUUCUGCAAUGUCAG